CGUCCCGAUGUUUUUAUACUCCGUCUUCCACCUCCUCCCUCGCUGCAGUAUUCAUCCAUUCGCUUCGCUCGCCAACACUCCAAGUAGAUACGAUACACCACGCGUAGUAGACGGUAGUAGUACACGCGGCACGAUACGUAGUGGCUCGAUUAACGCCCACUUUUUCUUCACUAUACUCCACGCACCAAAUUAAAGCAGAGGGUGUUGUUCAUUUCGUUGGAAGAUUUGGAGGGAGCCCGUUUCUAUACCAGUAGAGGACUACACCACGCACCAAAUAGAAGCGGGGGUACAGAUCGGUAAGUGCCGACGAUCGAUGGAGGUGUGCUGCUGCUCCACCUCGUCUUCCGUCCUCGCCGGGGAUCGCGUCGGCAGGAGGUUCGCCCCGCCGGCGGCGCGGUACUGGGGCGCGGUGGGCGGCGGCGGCGGGAGGGCGGUGGUGCUGGCGCACCCGCUGCGCCCGGCCGCCGCCAGGCCGGCGCAGGCUCAGCCCCACGCGCGUCGGGUGCGGCGCGGGGGCGCGGUGAUCAGGUCCGUGUUCGAGCGGUUCACGGAGCGGGCCGUCAAGGCGGUGGUGCUGUCGCAGAGGGAGGCCAAGGGGCUCGGCGCGGGCGCCGUGGCGCCGCGCCACAUGCUGCUGGGCCUCGUCGCGGAGGACCGCUCCGCUGGGGGGUUCCUCUCCUCCGGGAUCAGCAUCGAGCGCGCGCGCGAGGAGUGCCGCAGCAUCGGCGCCCAGGACGCGGGAGCGCCUCCGCCGCCGCCGGCGGGCUCGGGGCUGGAGACGGACGUGCCCUUCUCCGGAACCUGCAAGCGUGUGUUCGAGGUGGCCGUGGAGUUCUCCAAGAACAUGGGCUGCAGCUUCAUCUCCCCGGAGCACCUCGCCCUCGCGCUCUUCACUCUCGACGAUCCCACCACCAACACUCUACUCAGAAGCCUGGGAGCCGAUCCGAGUCAGCUAGCAUCAGUUGCACUUGCCCGACUUCAAGGGGAGCUUGCAAAAGAUGGCAGAGAUCCCGCAGGAGCCUCUUCUUUCAAAGUACCUGAGAAAUCUCCUGCUGGAGCCGGAAGAUCCGCCUUCACCAAAUCCUUGAGUAAAAAGAAAGAGAAGGGUGCACUAGAUCAAUUUUGUUUAGAUUUGACCACACAAGCUAGUGGAGGUUUCAUUGACCCUAUUAUUGGCCGUGAGGAGGAGAUUGAACGAGUAGUUCAGAUAAUAUGCCGACGGACAAAGAACAAUCCUAUUCUUCUGGGUGAGGCGGGUGUUGGUAAAACUGCAAUUGCUGAAGGGCUGGCUCUUCGAAUUGCAAAUGGAGAUGUCCCCAUUUACCUCGUGGCAAAGCGUAUAAUGUCACUGGACGUCGGUCUACUCAUUGCUGGUGCCAAAGAAAGGGGCGAAUUGGAGUCCAGGGUCACUAAUUUAAUUCGUGAAGUCCGUGAAGCAGGUGAUGUUAUUCUUUUCAUUGACGAGGUUCACAAUCUUAUUGGAUCCGGAACUGUUGGAAAGAGUAAGGGUGCUGGCCUUGACAUUAGCAAUUUGCUCAAGCCCCCACUUGCUAGAGGUGAAUUGCAGUGCAUUGCAGCUACAACUUUAGAUGAACAUAGAAUGCAUUUUGAGAAGGAUAAGGCUUUGGCACGCAGGUUCCAGCCAGUUUUAGUAGAGGAGCCUAGCCAGGAAGAUGCGGUGAAAAUUUUGCUUGGUCUUCGUGAGAACUAUGAAACUUAUCAUAAAUGCAAGUUCACUUUAGAGGCCAUCAAUGCAGCAGUUUAUUUGUCAGCAAGAUAUAUCCCUGACAGACAGCUUCCCGAUAAGGCUAUUGAUCUUCUUGAUGAAGCUGGCAGUAGAGCUCGUAUUGAAUCAUUUCAAAGGAAGAAAGAAGGGCAGUCUUCUGUUCUUUUAAAGGCACCAGAUGAAUACUGGCAAGAGAUAAAAGCUGUUAAGGCCAUGCAUGAAGUGGUGUUAUCUAACAAGACAAAAUAUUCUCCAAAUGAGAACGCUCAAGAGAAUGAUAGUAGUAACACCGAAAAACAAUGUCAAGAGAAGGCUGGGUCAACAUCUACCUCAUCACCCUCAGUUGAGGAGCCAGUUGUAGUGGGAACAGAGGAAAUUGCAAGGGUGGCCUCGCUAUGGUCAGGUAUACCAGUCCAGCAGCUGACUGCUGAUGAUAAAAAGAUUUUAGUAGGACUAGAUGAUGAGCUCAGAAAGCGUGUCAUUGGUCAAGAUGAUGCUGUUGUUGCAAUAUCACGAGCGGUGAAGAGAUCACGUGUUGGCCUCAGUGACCCUGACAGACCUAUUGCUACACUCCUUUUCUGUGGUCCAACAGGAGUUGGUAAAACCGAGCUUACCAAAGCUCUAGCAGCAAGUUACUUUGGAUCGGAAUCUGCUAUGCUUAGAUUAGACAUGAGCGAAUAUAUGGAGAGGCACACCGUGAGCAAGCUGAUAGGCUCCCCUCCAGGGUACAUUGGAUAUGGUGAAACUGGUACUUUGACAGAAGCAGUCAGGAGAAAACCAUUCACCGUGGUACUACUUGAUGAGAUAGAGAAAGCUCACCCUGAUAUUUUCAACAUUCUUCUCCAAAUCUUCGAAGAUGGACAUCUGGCAGACUCACAGGGUCGCAGAGUUUCAUUCAAGAAUACAUUGAUUGUCAUGACAUCAAAUGUUGGUUCUACGUCAAUUUCGAGUGGACGGCGGAGCAUAGGCUUCUCAACAGAUGAUACUGAAUCAAGCACGUAUAUUGCAAUGAAAUCCCUCGUAAUGGAAGAGCUCAAGGGAUUUUUCCGCCCAGAAUUGCUCAAUAGAAUUGAUGAGAUGGUUGUGUUCCGUCCUCUGGAGAAGACUCAGAUGCUAGCAAUUCUUGAUAUCAUCCUACAAGAACUGAAGGGUAGGCUGUUAGCCCUUGGGAUAGGGCUAGAGGUGUCCGACGCAAUGAAAGGCUUGAUUUGCCAAGAAGGCUAUGACAAGAGCUACGGUGCACGACCACUGAGGAGAGCAGUCACCCACCUGAUGGAGGAUGUCAUCAGUGAAGCAAUUCUGUUCGGUGAGUACAAGCCUGGCGACACGAUAUUGGUGGAUACUGACGAUGAAGGAAAGCCUUGCUUGAGCCAUCUGAACAAGCAGAUCGUUCAAUUGUCUGACCCAACACGGACAUUCUGAAGCUCUGAUGCCGUAGAGUAGUUGUCUAAUUUUUCAUUCUUUCAGGCAACGAGAUUAGUAAUUCUUUGAUAGGUAGACUCGGAGUAUUUCAUUAUGUACAUAACAUUCAGUAAAUUUGUCACGACAUGUCGACAUAGUCUUGUCCUAAAUUAUCCAACUGUAUAUUGUCCUUCACAUCAGCAAAUAUAUUGGAGUAUUUUGAAACUA